UGGGGACGCGGCCCGGUGCGUGUCUCUGCACUGCAGCCCGGCGGUGCUCCGGGUGGAGGUGGUGGUGGCUGAGGCUGAGAUCGGCGCGAUGAUGGCGACUCCCAGUGCGAACAGCAGCUCCGUGACACCUCCACCGCCCUCAGCUCUGAGAAGCGGCCACCCCGCCGCCUCCUCCUCCGCCUACCCACAGCCCCACCACUGCCAGCACACCACCACCAUGAGCAGCAUGCAAGCAGGAUUUCAGAUUAACCUGUCUGGAGCUGCCCAAAGUAAACGUAAAGUACUGAAGAUAGAUUUUGCCAAUCCGUCAAUCAAAUCAUCCACCAGAUUCAACCUCAGCACUGCGGGACCGCCCUUCCAGAACCCUCACAUAGAACGUUUGCGCACACACAGUAUUGAAUCAUCAGGAAAGUUAAAGAUCUCUCCAGAGCAGCUCUGUGACUUCACAGCGGAGGAUCUGAAGGACUUGGGGGAGAUCGGCCGAGGAGCGUAUGGCUCCGUCAACAAGAUGGCGUACAAACCCAGUGGACAGAUCAUGGCUGUAAAGAGGAUCAGGUCGACGGUGGAUGAGAAGGAGCAGAAGCAGUUGCUGAUGGAUCUGGAUGUGGUGAUGAGGAGCAGUGACUGUCCCUACAUUGUCCAGUUCUAUGGGGCGCUUUUCAGAGAGGGCGACUGUUGGAUAUGUAUGGAACUCAUGUCUACCUCUCUCGACAAAUUCUAUAAAUAUGUGUAUUCCACGCUGGAGGACGUGAUCCCUGAGGAGAUCCUGGGCAAAAUUACACUUGCUACUGUGAAAGCACUUAACCACUUAAAAGAAAACUUGAAAAUAAUUCACAGAGACAUUAAGCCAUCGAACAUUCUGUUGGACAGGAACGGGAACAUUAAGCUGUGUGAUUUCGGGAUCAGUGGGCAGCUGGUCGACUCCAUCGCGAAGACCCGAGACGCAGGCUGCAGGCCGUACAUGGCACCAGAGAGAAUAGACCCUGGUGCCUCCAGACAGGGUUAUGAUGUACGCUCAGAUGUCUGGAGUUUGGGAAUCACACUGUAUGAGCUGGCGACCGGGCGGUUUCCGUACCCGAAGUGGAACAGUGUGUUUGAUCAGCUCACACAGGUGGUGAAAGGAGAUCCUCCACAACUCAGCAACUCCGAGGAGAGAGAGUUCUCACCCAAAUUCAUCAACUUCGUCAACCUGUGCCUUACAAAGGAGGAGUCGAAAAGGCCAAAGUACCGAGAACUUCUGAAGCACUCGUUCAUCCAGAUGUACGAGGAGCGCUCUGUAGACGUGGCCAGUUACGUGUGCAGGAUCCUCGACCAGAUGCCCGCGUCCCCCAGCUCGCCCAUGUACGUGGACUAAAACGUGCACGUGCACGCCGGUCCACGUGGAGGACAAACAGAAACGCAAGCUGUUGUAUAAAGUUUCGCUUCGUCACAGAACCCUGCAGUGUUCCUCGGAAAAUGCAGAGACGCCCAGAGCAGUGAGACAGCUGUCCUCCAUCACGCCUACAUAUACUGUCUGUCUCUCUGUCUGUCUCGUGUCUCACCUCACAGCUCGCACCCUCCGCUGAUGUGUGGUCUCCGCUUGAGGACACCUCGUCUCUGGACGUACUGUACAUACACCCCGCUGCUCUGUGUGUGUGUGUGUGUGUGUGUGUGUGUGUGUGUGUGUGUGUGUGUGUGUGUGUGUGUGUGUGUGUGUGUGUGUGCGCGCGCGUGUGUGUUUCUGGUCGUGGAGGAGGUUUGGAGAGCGGCCGUACCGAAGCGCUGCUCACGCUGGUUUAUCUGCUCUCUGCCUGAUGACGGCUCAAUCCCAAAUGCCCUGCUUCAUACCCAAGUGCACUACGUAGGGUGGUUAAUAAUGGUUCCUGCACCCUAUGUAGUGCGCAUUGUGUCAUUUGGGAUUCAGCCCAUGAUUGUGUCAUUACUGUAUAAUGAUCCACGUUCUGAUAUAUAAAAUAAAUAAACUGGAAAUGUA